AUUCUUUUGUUCUUCACAAGUUUUAGAAGGUUUUAAACCCAUUGAAUUUGUUUGUAAUUAAUUGUAUGAAAUUUGAAAAUUGUGUGGAAUUGGAGUUCCCAUUGAAGUAUUGAACUAGUGAAUUGGGAUAUUGAACAGUUCAAGAAAAAUAUAAAAGACCAUGUAAAACUAGAGAAUGGAGAAUGGCAAUGCGGACAUCGCUUGGGUUCACUCGAUCGGGCUGGGCUGAUUUCUUUCAAGGUGAUCGUCACUGCCGCCCAGAUUGCAUUCAACAGGAAACGAUCUCCUUGAAGGUGACUGCGGCUGCCACUCAUAUUGCAUAUUGGAUGAUAAAAGCAUGGAAGCUGCUUGGGUAAUCUAGGGGUUGUUUCUCAAACCCUCUGUCUCAUAGAUUAGAUUCUAAAGGCUUCUCUGGUCAUGUCAGAGAUAUUCCUUUAAUGGAAUAAAUUUAUUUAUAUUAU